GAUGAAUCGCUCGAGAAGCUCCGCUUCUUCUUCCCUGAAACCCUCUUGUUAGGUGCUUUGGACCUGAUCGACCGAGAUAGCGGCAAGCCCUCUACCAUCCGCAUACCAUACAUCAUCCUUUAUAAGACCCCAUGGGGCCGCCCGCAAUACGAAGUGCUUGGCUCGACGGCGACGUACACCGUGUUUCCGGGGCUGCCUUCUGUCGCGACGGCCACCGCGUACUGCACAUGCCCGGCGUAUGCCUAUUCUGUCUUGCUGUCCGAGACCCAAAUCAUGUGCAAACAUGUCCUAGCGACGUUGCUCGCAUUACGCCUAUCGAGAUGCGUGGAGAGGCCCGUCACCGCGGACGAGCUGGCUUCAAUGAUCGCACGACAAUGUAAAGUAUAA